CUCUCUGCACAAGCGACCCAAUCCGCCGAGGGACGCCAGGUGUCAAGAGAGAAGGGGAGGAGAAGCAGUAUUGUUUUCUAGCUUUUAGUUUCCAGUCUCUUUUUGUCUAACACAAACCAAAAAUGGGUUUGAAUUUUAGAAAUUCAGAGUUUCGUGUGAGUACAGGAGCCUCCUUUGGCAUGGCCAUUUUGUGCUCUGUCUUGGUGUUUUCGGGUCUCCAGAUGUACAAGAAUCAGCUGGGCUCGACGCGUCUCAUGACCCUCGUAGCAGGCUAUGUGGCCUCCUGGCUCUUCAUCUUCAUGCUGACUGCUGUAAACAAUCUGGAAAACAUCAUGUUUGGGAAAGGUUUCCAGGCACGAGUCAUCCCUGAGGUCACCCUGUGCCUCGUCCUAGCUUGUGCUGCUGCGGGAAUGGUCCACAGAGUUUCCAUCACUGUAUGUUUGCUCUGUUCGAUAGUGGGAUUGUAUUACAUCAACAAGCUCAGCCAAUCGACUACUUCUGCUCAGGUAUCCCACAAUGCCAAUUACAAGAAGAAGAAAUAAGGAUGAAGAAAAUAAAGAAAGGAAAUGUUUAAGUCAAACUAUCAACAUUCAAAAACUUGCUCUCCUUGAUUUCUGUGUUACAUAUAGGAAGGUGAUAUUCCUAAAUUUAUGCCGGAAUUGUAAUGUUUAUUGAUAUUUAUUUUUUUAUAUUUUUUUCUCUACUUUUUUGUUGUUAAAAAUCUGUACAUUUGAAGUGACAAAUAUGAGAUGGUCCUUCCUUAUGGAAGAUAAUUUUGUUAUGUAAUGUUAAAACUAUUUGGUUGUUUUUUGUUUAUUAGAAAUGGAUGAGAAAGAAGCAGGAAACUGAUAUUUAAUUUCCUCGAGACAAUUAAAAGCACAAGUUUGCCGUGAUUUUCUAUUAAAGUACAUUUGAAUUAA